AUGCGAUGCUUCCAAUGCCAGCGGUUUGGUCACUCUAAAACAUCCUGUCGUGGCAGCCUGACGUGUGCUCGAUGCUCGUCGGUUGGUCACGAUACUGAAAAUUGCACUGCUGCUGCAUUGUGUGUAAAUUGCAAAGGCGAUCAUCCGGGUUUUUCUCGUUCUUGUCCAAAAUGGAAAACAGAAAAGGAAGUACAGACGACAAAAGUCAAUAGAAACAUCUCCUACGCAGAAGCCAGAAGGCUGGUUCAAAGCACACAUCUUCAACCAAAUAGAUCAUAUGCUAGUGCCGUUAAAGCAACACGGACCGUUGCAACUCAAACAUUGAUAAAUGCACAGAUUCCUCCAAAUAAAACCCUGAGGCAUGCAAGCCAGAAAAAGGAAACUCCGACUCAUGUAGUACAAAAACCAGAAAUAGCAAUCCAGAGCAAAUCCAAAAAUGAGCCUUCAAAAAUAGAAACAAAAAACAGAAGCAAUAGUAAUAGUUCAUUUGAGGAUAUGGUAUCUGAAUCUUUAGAUUCAGAUAUGUGCUUGGCAGUACAGGAAACAAAUCUGAAACCAGAUCAACCAGCAAAACUUCAGAGGUUUUCUUUCGUCAGGAAAGAUAACCUUGCAGGUGAACGUGCCUGUGGAGGUGUAGGUCUUCUCACCUCACUCGACUAUCCCUCAAGUUUCCUUCCUUUGACGACAUCCCUCCAAGUUGUCGCUAUACAA